CUCUGCUAUAAAAUCUUGAUGCUUGUCCCGUUUCACAUUUUUAGCAUCUUCAUCUUACACGAAACCCAGUAGCCAACUGUUCCAAAGAUCGAAGUGUCUCUUCAUCGACCUUUACACCAGAGAAACAAUAUCUAUCAAGAACAGAUCAAAGCAUACAAGCGCAUACCCCACGGUCAAACGUCAAGUCCACAAUACUCGACGGUGUAUAAGGAGACUCCCUCAUCAGCGCAGAAGUCUCGCCCCUCUUGGUAGUUACAUUCAAGCCCGAAGUGCCAACACAAGCAUCAUGAUUCCUUCGAAAAAACUUGGCCGGGAUCCUUACGUCCAAAAGUUUGAAUUCCCACUAGCUAAAGAUGUCAUCCUGGUCGACACAACAGUUUUUCACCCUGGAGCAGGAAAACUACCUCAACACACCCUCUCGAUAUACGGUCACAAAGUCACACCAAGGAUGAAGGCCAUUGUAGACACUUAUAACGCCGAGGUUGAACAAGUGGAAAGGGACUAUGCGUUAUACAAUAUUCGCUCAAGAACCCAAAUCGAGUUUGAGCUUCAUAAAAGAAUGAGACGGGCCCUUGACGAUGAAAUGGGAAUCACGCCCGAACAAAGGCAACGAGAGAAUGAGGCCAGAUUCAAGGCGCAGGUGCUACCACCUUUUAUUCCACGGACUCCUAAGGAAGAUAGGAGAAUAGAAGGUCAGAUAAAAAAGGGCUAUAAUGAUCGCCAAGCCGACCCCUGGGGAUCAUUAGGUGGUCUUUCUAACUUAGGGGGUUAUGGAUAUGGAGGUCUUGGUAGAGGAUUAGGGCUUCGGAUGGAAGGUAGCCCCAGUGGCAGUUCUGCAUCGAGUGCUAGCGGAUCAAAGCCAAAGUCAAAGACUACCCAGAGUGGGGGUAGGAAAGGUUCGGGUUCGGGUUCGGGGAGCGGUGGUGGGAAGCAGGGCAGUGUUGCCAAGAGCAAGGGCAAGAAGUAAAAAGAGAGAUUUCUGUUUUGAGCGCG